AUGGCCACCAGAGCAACUAAAGUUGCUGUGGUUCAAUGUCCCUCAGGCAACCUGGUCCUGCUGAUAUCACCUUCCAACCAGAAGGAAACCCUGCUCAUCACAGUGGACGAUUCGAGCGGUACUUUGAUCUAUCAGGGUAUUCCAGGGCACGACACGUUUGACACGGAAGAGGAUGCCUUGGCGUGGUGUUCUUCUAGAUGCUGUUGUGGAAAGCCUGUCCAGUCCAUCGUUCGCGGGCAUGCGUUCCUCGGGAUGGUGGUCACUCCGCUCCAGGUCCUGGUGCUGGUUGCUGUUGAGGUCAAAAGAGACCCUCUCCCAGGAGGACAUGCGAUGUGCACAGUAACAAAGUCCAAGUGGAUCAAAGGGUCGCUGCUCGGCGCUUCAGUUGAUUCAGCACUGUCCAAGGCGGACGAAGCUGGAUUGGAGAAGUUGAAGGAUUUUACCAUCAGUGGAUAUCACUUCUACUCGGAGACAUAUGACUUGACCAGACCUUUCCCUUCGACGUCGAGUGUCUUGGAAUAUGACUACGAGUAUUGCUGGAACCAAUGGCUUGCGUCUCCUUUCGAAAAAGCCGGCUUGAGGAAUUGCUGUGUUGUGUUGCUCCAGGGUCUAGGAUGCAGUCGACUCUUCUCCUUUGAGCAUCCGGAAACCAACGAGCAGGUCAAUGUCGGGUUGGCACUCAUAUCGAGGAAGAGCAUCGCAAAUCCCGGAACAAGGUAUAACGCCCGAGGGUUGAACAAGGCGGCAGGAGCAGGAAACGAGAUCGAAUCAGAGCAGAUUUUUUGGGUCUCCCCCAUCAAAGGGGAUGGGAGUAUCGAGGAUCAGUGGAGCUCUCACAUAUGGCGAAGGGGGACAGUACCGGUACACUGGCGUCAUGAGCUGACAAGCUCUGUCACUGCUCCCAAGAUUGUGAUAGGAUCUUCUCCAUAUGAAGGGGUGGACCAGUUUUAUCAUGACGCGUACAUGCGGUACAACGGAACGCCGAUGUCGUUCGUCAACCUCCUCCGAUGUGAUGCAGAGAGCGGAGAAACGAAUUUGUCAGAGAUGGAACUCAACAUGUGCAACUUUGACUGGCACCGGAUCAAGAAAGAGAUGGGGCUGGAGACUACAGUGAAAUGCCUGUGGGAUCGACUGAGCCCGCUGAUCGAGAAGGCAGAUUUGUCAGAGGUGACCAUGGGAUGUCUGAAGUUGGGAAGAGCUGGCAGUCCGAUCAAAGAGAGUCAAGUUGAGCCGAGAAGAAAGCAGGCCUCCGUCCUCCGGUACAACUGCGCAGACUCCCUGGAUAGAACCAACUUGUGCUGUUUCAUGGUCUCACAGCAACUCCUCCUCGAGCAAUGUCGUCGGAGCCACAUCGGUUUCACCAGCAGGGUCAAAACUGAGCCAGACAUCGAUUUUCAAUCAAGACUUUCCUCUCACUGGGGAUUCCUAAAGUCCCCAGAAGUUGAUGUGGAUGCUGUCCGAUCACUCUUAGAGCCCAAGCUCCUCGAGUGGCUGGCUGAGGCUUACGUGCGCAACGGCGAUCUCUUCUCCUUCCUCUACACUAACACGCCGGCGCUCCUGACUGGUCCCAUGCGCGACUACACUUCCCUUCCUCCUGCAGUCUCCGACACUCAGAUCUCCGUUCAGCGAAGGUAUCACAACGUGCUGAGCGACUCGGAGCGGCAGCUGCAGUACUUCGCCUUCCUGGGCGCUACCUCAGCCAACUCCUCCCUCUCUCUCUUCCCUCUCCCACUCAGCGUCCUUGACUCGUCGCCUAACUCUGCUGCCUGGAUGUUCCCUCCUGAGCUCGAUGUGGCGGAUAUCUGCCUGCACCUUCGAGCUCCGAGUAUCGUCACGGAGGUUCAGCUUUGGAUCAAGAACGGGAUCGCGUCCUGCGAAUUCCCAGCCUCCAUUAGCAUCUGGGUUGGGAGAUACAUCAACGAGAUGGAACAGAUCUACGGAAAUGUUGAUCUCCCCCAGUGCGAGGACGGCACGAGGAUCAGCUUUCCCAUUCCUUCCUACAUCCCCGACAAGCUGAGAAAAGGAGAGCAGCUUGUUCCUUCUCUGCUCCCCCCAGCUCAGCCCAAGAGGCUGCAUGCUCUCUCGCAGAUCGUGCAGAUUCAGAUGAUGAGGAGAAGGGACGGCACUCGCUCCAUCAUCCUCGGAAGGCUGAGUGUGAACGGGAUCGUCCCGUCAGACCUGCACAUCGAGGACUCAGGAACCAACAAGGAGGCUGAGCGAGCAGUCAGCAUCUCUCUCGCCUCCUUCCCUACCACCGACAGCAUGGUGGAGAAGAAGUUUGCGGAGGGAGCGAGCAAGACAGCACGAGAGCUCGGGGGCAAGGCCCUUGCCAAGGCAGAUGAGCUCGUAGACAAGUAUGCGGGCGAUGAUUCCAAGUUGGGGAGCAUAGCCAAGGGAGCGCUGUCCUCUAUGGGGAAACUAGCCGGCUGGAUGGGCUCGAAGGCCAAGGUCUCCCAGAACAAGCCAACAAACAGUCAGACAGCGGUGACUGUAGGGAACGAGAGGAGAGAGAAGGAAAGAGAGAUUAAGUCUAGUCAAGACGUCGCGUCCCAACUGACAGCCAUGUGGAGCAAUCAGGCGUCUGGACGAGCUUGGAGUAACCCGAGGAGCGACCAGGAAGGGAAUGAGGUUGUGCAGAGGAAGGCCGAGAAUACGGCAAGCGCCUCUUCCGGCAGGUUGGAUCUGAAGGGUAUGGAGGAGGCGAUCAUGGCGGAGUCGAAAGGUCUCCGUGCGUCACGGGAGGAGCAAGGACAGUCAGACUGCAGCGCUUCUGCUGCUGCUGCUGCUGCUGCUGCUGCUUCCAACGUUGAUCCCCUUGCGGGAGUUUUCAUCGGAGGAAGCAACUUCGGGCAGGAGGAGGAGGACGGGGAAGGGGGAGAGGAUGGGGAGCAGAGUGGGGAAGUUCCCCCUACACAGCAGGUGCAGGAGGGUGCGAGGGCUCUAGGGGACUCGACGGGGCUGGAAGCAGCAAACCGAGCGAUGCGAACGAGGAGAAAUCACUGCAGAAGCAUCCUUCAGUCAAGCCGAUCCUCGCUGCAAGGCUGCAUCGCAUCCUUCGCGAGCCUCGCUGAGAGGAUAUCCAAGGAGGAAGAGCACGGGAAGCAGAAGGAGGAGGGAGAGAUAGCGAGAGAGAGGGAGCAGAUUGUCGAUCACUUCCUGCGCUCUGCCCUGUCGUUUGCUGCCAUGCAGCUUGUGGACGAGGGGUACGAGACGAGGAGCUCCGUGGAGGAGGGAAAAGGACGAUGUCUCCUAUCGCAGUUCCCCAGAGCCUCCAUCCUCCAGUCUGUGCCGACAUCCUGCGCUUCUCUCCCCAUCGAGAGCGUUCUCAUGCCUGACAGCUUGCUUCCUUUCUCCUGCGGCGGCUGGAAAUGCGACGAGGGCACCGAACGCGCGUCCUUCACUAUCGUUCUCCCGCAGCUUGCCAAGGUCCCAGCUGGACAACAGCUGAAGCUGGGGAGGCUGCUCGUCUAUGGGGAGUGGAAGAAAGAGGUGUUUCACCCCCCCAGCUCCCUCCUGGGCAGCCCUGAGUGCGUCGCGCAGACUAGCCUCUCCUCCCUCCUCCUCUCCAGGAGCGGUUUUGCAGCCCUCAAGGCCGUCCGAGCUGUCCUGCGAGAGCAGGGAGCUCCUGCUGGCUUCGGGGGUGUCAUCCUCGACUUCGUAGUCGAGCAGGGGACGUCCAUCACAGGCUUCGGGCUCGAGCUCAAGAGCGGGCUCCCCGCCUCUCCCCUCCCAGCUGAUGUCCACCUGGUGGUCCACGGAGGAGCAGGAGGGAACGUGGGAGGGCGGGACGCCAAGGACGCAAAGCUUGACGUCCGUAUCCCCCUCACCGCCCCAGGGUCAAAGUUGUUCUACUCCCUACCUGCCCCAGCUGUUGCCGGGCAGGUGACCUUGGCUCUCGGCCGCUGCUACGAUGGGACCUGGAGCUCGAGAGCGAUGCUGCACAAUCUACGGAUACUGCUGUACGGGUUUAAGGGACAAGAAUGA